CACUUGUGCGUGGGCGAAGGCGUAAUGGAUAGCGUGGCGACGGCCCCGACAGGAAGUCGAAGCCUCUUGAUUUGAAGCGAGCCGGUAGAUACAAAAAACCCCCCCAAAAAAGGAGGCGAUGGGGCAGGUGGAGGGUAACGAUGAAGACAAGUGAGAGUAGCAGCAGAGAAGCGCCAACAAAAGAGGUUACAAAAACAAGGCAUGAGCCGAAAAGAGAAAGACACCGUAAACAUCCGGGAUCCAACUCGCAAAGGGUAACCAAGGCUAACUGCCUUAUCCAAUGCAAGACCGAAUAUUCAACCACCCAGACAACUAAGAAAAAAGACGAGGACUUGACCUAGCAAAGGGCACGGCGGAUACCC